AUGCAAGAAGUAGCCUAUCCCUAUGAUGCUGAAGAGCUUCUUUACUCAUACCAGCUCUGCUAUUCUGAUGCUUUUAGGGAAAGACAGUUUAAAGUCCAGACAAAACAAUUUAAGCCAAACCUAACAGAACCUAUUAAGAUCAAAACAAACAAGAAUUCCGUUGCAAAACAACAAAGAAGAAGAUAUAAGACAGAACCAAGGAAAGCCGUUCUUCUUAUGGAACCAAAAGUACAGCCAAAAUCCCAAUCUCCAGCUCCUGAUGCUGAAUUCGAGCCUUUAGUAAUGCCACCACCUUUGAACCUUCAUAAGUUUGAUAACCACAUUCCAGCAGCUUUCUCUAUCAUCAAGAGAGGAAAUCUGCCAUCAAUUGAGCUCCCUUUUAAUUAG